UACGUCUUACGACAUAAGUUAUUAUUAUUCUUUAGCUUUUUAUACAAAUAUAUCAAGUUAUGUUUUUUAAUCAUAUUUAUUAUGUACCUUAGUUGUACGCUUUGUUCCACAGAAGACUAUAAAAUUAGCCCUUAAUUUAAAAACAAUAUAAGCCUAAAGUUGCGCAACAUGGCGAGUUUGUCUCAGCUGCUCCUAUAAAUUUUCGUCUUUGCUGACUGUGACACGCUCUAGUUAACAAUAUUUUAAGUGAACAGUUACAGUUAACUUAUAAUUCGCCUCUCAUAACUAGAUAAAGUGAUGGGACAGUCUGUGUUUUCGUGUGGCUAAAUUGCUAUCGGUGCAGAUCCGAUUGCGGUGCAAUAUUCCAUUUUAUUCAUUUGUGAGCUACAAAAAAUCCGUCAAACUGGAGCGACUCCCGGAGUACCUGCGCGACACCGUCGACUGGUUCAUGGGGUGAGUCGCAUGCUCGCUCGCCGCGCCCCGUGAGUGCGGCCCGCGGGUGCCACGUGCAUGUCCGAACAUGCUGGACUGCCUUUGGAAGGCGCGUCGCAAAGAGCGCGAAGGCGAGGGCGCUGGCGAUCCCAAGCUUUACCUGCAAGAGGCGCUGCUCGAGCGGAAGUUACCCGAGCUAGACAUGCGCCAGCUCGUCGACCUGCCCGACGGCCUCGACUACAAUGAAUGGCUCGCGUCGCACACACUGGCGUUGUUCGACCACGUGAACCUGCUGUACGGCACGGUGUCGGAGUUCUGCACGCCGGCCACGUGCGCCGACAUGACGGGCCCCGGCGGCCGCACGUACGCGUGGUACGACGAGCGCGGCAAGAAGUCCCGGGUCGCCGCGCCGCAGUAUGUCGACUACGUCAUGACAUAUACACAGAAAACUGUCAACGAUGAGACUAUUUUUCCUACUAAAUAUGCGAACGAGUUCCCGGCACAGUUCGAGAGCGUGGUGCGGCGCGUGGUGCGGCUGCUGUUCCACGUGGUGGCGCACAUGUACGCGGCGCACUUCCGCGAGCUGGCCAUGCUGCGGCUGCACGCGCACCUGCACCUCACGUUCGCGCACCUGACGGCGCUCGACCGGCGCUUCGCGCUGCUGGAGCACAAGGAGACGGAGGUGCUGCGCGACCUGGAGGUGGCGCUGCGGCUGUCGGAGCCGGCGGGCGAGGCGGGCGAGGCGGGCGGCGCGGGCGGCGCGGGCGGCGCCGGCGAGGCGGGCGACGACGCGUCCCCGCGGCGCCGCUCGCCCGUCGUGACGCAGCCGCUGGCGUCGGCGUGACCGGCGCCGCGUGGGUACUUAAGGUUUGCCAGGUGCCUUCCGCGAUUCGAUCGAAAGUUGACGCGUGUACGAUUCGUAAGUUGAAGAUUGUUAUCUCUAUUGUAAAUAUUUCAAUCUGUUAAGUAGUUUUAGGAGAUUACGAUUAGUUUAUAAAUUUGUGAUUGCUUUGGUUGUAAAUAAAAGUGAUAUUUGUUUAACUAAUAAACUGAAAGCUUUAAA